AUGUUGUGGAAGGCACACGACGAUUCAUCUGAGAGACGUCUUCGUCUCGGUCCUCGCGAUAAUUUUGUAUUAUUCAUGCAAUCUAGACACAGUUCAGAGGUUGCCUGCAUGGAGGAACCUGAUUAUAAGUCUCUGACUAUUAGAAGUGGAAGACUAGCGGAGUUGGAUGUUAUUCCAGAGCCCAUUGUGCCGUCGUUCCGAUUUUCUUGGCGCUGCUCGAAUAGGUCGUGUGGAGGAAAGGUUACCGUGACACUCGAGGAUGUUGCAAUGAUCAUUGGUCUUCCUACAGACGGUGAACCUGGUAUGUCUAAAACACAAGAUUUGAUAUGUUUGGUUCCACAACUUCUUGGGAGGACCCCGAGUGCAUCUGAUCUGAAGGGUGGUACUCUUGAGACUUCAUGGUUGGAUCGAUAUUUUGCAAAUGUCGAGGAUUGGAUGUAG